AUGUUUCUCUCUCCUCCAUCAUCAUCAUCGCUCAUCCUCCCUCUCUCUCUAGCCGUGAUCUUUCUCUCUCUAGCCUCAUCCUCCUCCUCGGACUACAAGAACCUCGUCUUCAAAGGCUGCGCCGUCCAGAGCUUCCCGGACUCCGACAACCUCCACGUCAGCCAAACCCUCAAACACCUCCUCGAAAACCUAAUCUCCCACUCCUCCGCCGCCAACUUCCACAACGCCACCUCCGGCGGCCUCUCCGGCCGCUUCCAGUGCCGGGGAGACCUCUCCGGCGACUCCUGCUCCGCCUGCGUGGCAAAAGCCUCGUCUAUGGCCGGAAAGCUCUGCCGCCGGCGGGCGGUGGCCGUCAGGAUCCAGCUCGCCGGUUGCUACCUCCGGUACGAGCCCUCCGGGUUCCAGGUGGCGGGACCCUCGGAUUUUCUGUUUAAGAUAUGCGGGCCGGGCCGGGCCGGAGGGCCCGGGUCUGGGGCCCGAUUUGAUGAGGCAAUUGGUGGGAUGGAGGACGGUUUGGUGGGCCGCGGAGGAGGAUUCUAUGCCGGAGGGUAUGGGUCGGUUUACGUGUUGGGUCAGUGUGAGGGUGAUUUGGGUGGGGUCGAGUGUGUGGAGUGUGUGAAAAACGCGGUCGAUAGGGCGAAGUUUGAAUGUGGAGGAUCUGUAUCGGCGCAGGUGUAUAUGCAGGCGUGUUAUGGUGCAGGGGCAGGGAGAGGGACGAAUACAGGGAAGACAGUAGCAAUAGUGAUGGGGGGAUUAGUGGGUGUGGGACUGCUUACGUCUUGUUUCUUGUUUAUUAAAUCAGCUUUCAAGAAGAAGAGUACUAAUCAUACUCACAACAAGUAUGGUGGAUAG